AGACGAUAUCAACGGCAUGUGGAUUUAUUUCUCUACUCGUAUUUUUGUGUUCAUCUGUGUUGAGUACAAGUGUACUCUGGGCUCUGUGGAAGACAAAACAAGUACAAUUUCCUGUUAACAGAAUUGCAGCAUUUCUCUUGAUGGACGAAGUGUUGACUCGAAUAUUCGGGUCGCCAAUGAUCGUGACCUCAAUGUUGGCAAGUCGGUGGUUGUAUGGUGACUUAGGGUGUACAUUGUACGGAUUCUUUAUGACAUGGUUCGGUGUUACUUCUACUUCACUUUUUACAUGUAUUUCGUUUGAACGCUAUAUUAUUAUGUGCCGACCAGACAUCAAGCGUCUACUAACUAAGAACGUAGUCAAUGUCCUGGGCCUCGGUUGUUACCUGCAUGGACUUGUGUGGGGUUUCCUUCCUCUUGUCGGCGUAAACCGUUACGUCUAUGAGCCCUCUGGCAUCUCGUGUACACCAGACUGGUCACAUGACAAUAUUGGCUAUAUGCUCGGAUUAUUCAGUGUUUGUUUCCUGAUGCCAGUGCUGGUAUCUAUAGGCUGCUACUCCGCCAUAUUCCGAGAGUUGCGAGUACGAAGGCGCGAAAGAGUAACGCUACAUCAUGACGCUUCCGUGGAGAGACACGUUGCCAUAACUGUUGCCAUUACAAUGUUUGCAUUUCUAUUCGCAUGGACACCGUAUUCAGUAAUUGGCCUUAACAAAACCCUUGGUUUUGAAGAGCAGUUUCCAAUUUCCAAGGAAAUCACACUUAUACCUCUGAUAACUGCAAAGACAGCGGGUUUCUGGAACCCUGUCAUCUUUGGCUUUAGGAACAAAGAUGUAAAUAAGAUACUUGCUGGAAAGAUACGCAGAAUUAAAGAAUUGUUAAGUUUUCAAAUUGUCUGCCGACGAACCAACCAAGUUAUUCCAGAAGCAGGAAGUAACAUAAAAAGCAGUAUCACGUGCACUGACAAUGGCUCACAAAGCAAUCAAGUCAGUAUUUUCCAAACAGGCUCCACGUCAGGAAUGAAGCCUCAACCACGAGAGCCAACUACCGUACCUUUAGCUUCUAUAGAAAUAUAAAACGCACUUCUGUACACCGUUUUUCGGACAGUGAAGCAACUAUGAUUUAAUAAUAAACAAUCAGUAGUUGAUAAAGGCGACGUGGUAAAAUUUGAUAUAUAUAUUUUCUCACUUUAAAACAUUUGUUUCUGUUAUUGUAUUCUUCUUGGUAAUAAAGCAGACACCAAUUUGUAGAA